AUGGUAUCCAAUAUCUAUCAAGAUGCAGAUAUCUGUGAUGUUCAGGCGCUAGAGACUUUGCUAAGCUAUCUCCCUGAUGUGAUUCGAGUUGAUAUGCGUCGCCGAAUGUUUCGAACAUUUGAAUUGUUCAACAGAGAACGUCAUUUGGAAGUGGUAGAAGUGGUGAACAAGAUACUUUGGAUAUGUGAGAAUAUCGCCCCGGAGCUUCCUCAGGUGAUACGGGGAAAGGCCAUCCGCGAGGCCUACGACGCCACCGAAGCGGUCCAGACCCCGACAUUUUUUGCCGUUCAGUUGUUUAUCCGCUUUGUGAUGCAUGCGCCGUUUUACAAGACCUCCACCUCCCGCGUAAAGGCCUGUAAACUGCUCCAAGACAACAUUGAGGAUAAUCAGGGCUGGAAUUGCGUUAAGGCGUACGGCAACGGCUGCGGCACGUUCUACCGAUUCAACGCGUCAAGCAAGAAGCACUUUUUCAAGGUCAUUAGUGACCUCCCCGUGAGCGCGAUCUACGUGUGCUGUGUAAUAAUGGAGGUGGAUCUGUUCUCGGAUUGGAUUCCGUUUUGUUGCCGCCUGCACAACCAAGGCGAGGUGAGCCAUUUUCACAAGGCGUUGUUCUUCGUCGUGAAAGGGGUCUGGCCUUUUUCGGAUCGGGAUCUUUUCCUGGAAGGUUACGGCGUCGACGACUUGGAGUCGAACAGGCGGAUAUGGGUGGUCGCGCAGAGCCUGGACGAAACACGUGAUGAGCUGCCACGCGGCAUCCAACCACCGCCGUGUGUGGAGGGAAGCCUCCGCUGCGAGGCCUACAACAGCGGCCUUCGAAUCGACGUCACCUCCCCUACAACGACGCGUCUGUCGCUGGUCGUGUCGAUUGAUCCGAAAAUUCCUGUCAUUCCACAGACGGUGAUUAAUUGGGUGUCGGGUAAAAUCAUGUGGCAGAUCAUGACGGAGAUUAGCCGCGCGGCGACCGUCGCCCAGGAUCGACAGAGCAAGUAUUUCAGCCGACGACGUGGGCGGCCGGAAAUGUAUAGCAUGUUAAGGGAGCAUUUCAACGAAACGUUCGAAAAAAUGGACCCUCAGGGGUACAAACACCAUGCAAUCCCAGAGGAUUACUAA